UGCAGCCCCGACGGUACGGAUGACAACAAAAUACAACGGCCUGGCAGCCUGGCGGCCUGAUCAGUCUUUGGGGUUGCAGGAGAAAUGGCUGACCGAUCCGAGUCCAGGAGGCUGCUGCAACUUCGAUUCAUGGUACAAUAGAUACAAUGCUACCUGAUCUAACGCCCCAGACGUCUUCAAGUGCAGAUCAAGGCCGUCGAGGCGCGAGCAGGCCUGGCAACCUGGCAACCUGGCCGGGCCAAGAUCAUCCGAUCAUCCUCAACAGCAUCUGAGCCCGCAUACAAUCUGCGCAGGGUACCCUGCCAAGGACCCAUCGGCAGCUCACAUCCACAUGCACUCCCUGGGUGGACCCCUGGCGAGCUCUGGGGGCCUUACUCCACUUCUCGGCGGGAAGCAGUUGCAUCCGUGUUUGUGAAUAUCCAGAGUGGCCUAUGCCAUGCAAGCCGCCGCAGGAUCGAACGUGAACUGAGUCGUGCAUGAGCCGCCCGAGACGUCCUCACUGGGCGGGCCAUCCUCGGACAAGUCCUACCUAGGUAGGCCCUCAACGUCAUCCCAGUGGCCGGGCUCCGCGCUCCUGGGCCAGGCAGGCCCAUAUGGCAAAAUAGACGAUGGUGUGGGUUCCCGCUUGGGUGUGAGUGUGCGUUGCUCGACUAAACUUAGAAGAAGCAGGUGCCCCCCCGUUCCCCCAGCCCAAGGUGAGUAAUGUUUGCCCGCGCAGGUGUCAGUCAAACUCUCUUGUUCCACUCCCUAGCCAAGCACUUGCCAUGCCCGUACGGCCGAACACAAGCUCGAAAUAAAACAUCCCGAGCCGGCUUGGGGGACUCCUCUCUAAUUGCCAGCGCCGUCUCACCACUGGAAACCUGGGGUAAACGACAACGGUGGUUCCCACCCCCACACCACUGCGGAUACAACCCGAUACCGAAGGGAAGAUGGACAGUAUGGAGAUAGCGAUGGCGGUGCGGCGGGCGGAGCUCACACCAGAGUACCUGGCGGAGGAUAGGAGUUAUCAGCUGGUCGGCAUCUCGGUCGCCUUCGCAGUCCUCACGACGCUCAUCCUGAACCUGCGGUUCUAUGCGAAACGGUUCCAAGGAGGGGGCAUCUACGCCGACGACAUGUUUCUGUGCGCGGCUUAUGUGGUGAACCUGGGAAUGUGUGCGGUGGGAAUAAUCAUGACAAAAGUCGGCGGCGUCGGGCGCCACGUCGAAUUCGUCGAGGAGGAGAACCCGGUACUACUCAGGGGCUGGGCACAGUCGAUCCUCGCCUUCGAGCUGAUCUACUUCGCCUCGGUGGCCCUGCCCAAGCUGGGCAUCAUCUGCCUAUACCUGCGUCUGUUCAACUGGAAGGGCGCGACGCGCACCGCGGCGUGGAUCCUCUUUAUCCUCACCGCAAUGACCUCAGUCUCGCUCAUCGUGGCGGCCUGCUUCCAGUGCACGCCGAUCGAGUUCUGGUGGGACAGGACCAUCCCGGGGGGACGCUGCUUCGACGUGCAGGCUUUCUUCCACGCGCAGGCCCUGCCCGGCUUUGUCCUAGACUUUGCGAUCAUGGCGUUGCCUCUGCAGACUAUAUGGCACCUCAAGAUGCCGCUGGUCAAGAGACUAGCGCUGGUUGCUGUGUUCCUGGUUGCAAGUUUCGGCAUCAUCGCAUCCAUCAUCCGCGCACGAAUCUUCUUCAGCACCGCAGCCUUUGGCGACCGCACUUUCGCCUCAGUCGACCUCGUCGGCUGGUCCAUCAUCGAGACGAGCGUCUACAUCAUCACAGGAUGCCUCCCGCACCUGCGCGCACUCGUGUCACACUACACGCCCGCCGCCGUCAAGAAGGCGCUCAAGAGCACCUACAACUCCGCCACGACCCGGUACGGCAAGUCGAAGGGCACCUCCGGGUUCUCGGGGUCAAAGUCGUACCCGAGCAAGAAGACAAACACCUCGUCGCAGGUGCACGCGCUCGACGACGACGCCAUCGAGCUGACGAGGCAGAACAACCAGUGGAACCGGCUGUCUGGCGGCGGCAGCGCCGCCGACCUCGAGCGCGGCGGCGCGCCCUUGACGGCCGUGAGCGCGCGGAGCGGCGAGACGUGGCUGCAGGACGCAUCACCUGUUACGAGCACGAAUGUCAGCCGCUCACAGGAUGUGUUCGAGUCGCGGGAUCGGCUUGGGACCCCCGUCGAUGGCGCGAUUACUGUGACGACGGAGGUGAGGCUGACGAGGGAUUAGAGAUCCGGAUGUCUCGCAGGACCGCUGAGAUCGUAAUGCUUUGACCGAUUAUAGCGCGUAUAUGUUCGAUAACUCAAUUCUAUGAUACCACCCUAUUUACACGAUAUUCCUGUCUUUGGUGCAUGGGUCUUCAUGGUUGAAUAAGAAUCAUAUCCAUCGAGAACAGACAAAACAAUUGUAUCCA